CUCUCUCUCUCUCACCCCCACCCACACCCCCCAGCUAUCAUUUCAAGUUGCCCAUACUGGACUGGGAGGCGUGGUGGCGGUGGAACCGGAUUUUGUAUCUCUUUUGCAGCGGAUCGCGUGCGCAAGGAAAAGGAAGUUAAGGAAAAAAAGUUUCUCCUGCUUCAUUCGCGCGCACACCUGGACUUAAGGAGAGGAAAGCACAGGAGGCAGAGAAGCCUAGAACUUCUAGAAGAAAAAGCCUUCGGAUUUGGUUUAAAGUUGUUCAAGGGAGAGCAUUUCUGGGCUGGAGAAAGCAAGAGAGAAAAGCCUUUCCUUUUGAAUUGACACAGACUAUGAGGACUGUAAAGCUAGCCUGGUUCUUUGAAGAGGAAAGAUCUCCUAUCUGGAGGAGUUUAAAGGGGAUUUUCACAGAUUGGUAGGGGGAAAAGGUAUCGUGUGCGAAAUCCGGACCAGAUGGUACAGUGGUGAAGAAAUAACAGGAGAGAAAAAAGUUGAUUUUUUUUAAUUAAUUUUUUUUGGCAAGGCAUGGGAACUGGGAUGUGCACCAGGCGGCAAAAAGGCCUUUUGCAAACAGGGUUUUGUCUCGUGGCGUUGGCCUGCCUGGGUUCGGGAGGGUUUCUGUACAACCACCUCCAGCAGAAGGUAAAGGCGUCCGAGGCAUUGGCUUCCAAGUACAAGCAUCAACAAGAAACACUUUCGGCCCAACUGCAAGUCGUUUAUGAACACCGAUCACGCCUAGAGCGAUCCUUGCAGAAGGAGCGAGGGGAGCACAAGAAGACGAAAGAAGACUUUUUAGUGUACAAACUUGAGGCCCAGGAAGCCCUCAACAAAGAAAAGCAAGAUUCCAUGAACAGAUAUGGCGCCCUGAGCUCUCAACAUAAGAUACUAAAGAACCAGCAUGAAGAGGUCAAGAAACAACUACUGGACCUGCAGCUACAGCAUAACGGGCUGAAAUUGGAGCAUCGCAAAAUAGUGGAAACUCACAACCAGAAAUACUCGCAGUUACAGCGGGAGAAGGAAAACGAGGUUGUGGGUUUGCAAGAUACAGUGUACAAGCUGAGAGAAGAGAGCAGGCUUCUUCGAAAGGCCCACCAAGAUGUUCACUCUCAACUUCUCAAUGCUCAGGUCCAGAUGGAAGAGUUCAGACAGCUCAAGGAGACCCUUCAGAAGAUGCCGAGUUUCAAGGAAGUGGGACUGGCCAAAGGGCAGCAGAAGCAGGAGGGCCAGGAGCCGCCGGCAGCACCAGGACUUGGCCUGCUGCACCUGGCCCGACCGAAGGCCUCCAUGGUCAAUGAAGCCAGAGCACCACCAAAUCCCCUGGAACAAGCCGCUGCACCAGCUGAGAACUCCCUGGUUGCUCAGAUCUCCAGCAUCAAACACCAGGGAGGAGAGACCCUGCGUGAAGGGCAGGUCUCCCAAGACAACGACGGGCCGAGGCCUCAGGACCAUGGGGGAUUCAGCCAGCAGGCCUCACCCAAUGAAGUCCACAUGCCCCUGGCAGCCUGGCCUCAGGCUGGCCGAAAGGAUGGCCCGGUCAUCCGUUUCACGAGGAUGGUGAACAGCAUACGGAAUGGUAACCAGGAUCAAAAGACAACGCAAAGCAUACAGGCGGAAAGUGAGGAAAUUGUUCGUUCUGAUGCCAUCGCCCGGGGCUUCCAGCUCCCACCUGCUUUGGUGGAAACGCAGGCUUUGGAUAAACAGCUUUCCACCGGAAGCAAGCGCGAUACUGCUGUGCAGAGCUGGCAAGACAUAGUCAACAAAGUCAAUGCUCAGAUGGAUGAGGAACAAGCACCCGCUGACCCUGAAAGCCUUCACCUCGGUGACAGACCUGAGCAAGUGAUGGCGAAUGGCAACCGAGAGCUGGCCGGCCAAGAGAGAGGUGUGGAACGGCAGCAGCAAGCCAACUGGGGAGCUAGAAAAUUAGGAAUGGAUGACGAGGAACUUCAAAUGGAUGCUGGCAUGAUUGAACGAGAAGACAACGCACAUCCUCAGAAGGAGAGCUUCAUCCAGCAGCCAGGGGUGCCCGGUGAUGCCGCCGACCCAGCCCAGGACCCCAACAACCAAGGGGAAGAUGAAUUUGAAGAGGCGGAACUGGAGCAGCCAGACUUUGAAGACAAAGUGGUCCGGGCUGGCCAACUUGGCCAAACCAAUAGGCCGGCCAACGAUGGAAGCAAGGAAAAGACCCAGAAGACAACAAACUUGGAGGCUGAUGGGCCCAAGAAAAUUGAAGACGAUCUAGUGGAUGAUUAUCAGGAAGACCAGGAGCAAGAUCUUGACGAUCACGGAGGCGAGGUGGACGCCGCCGCCGAUUUGGAGCUGGUCCAGGAACCCAAAAGCCGCGUGGAAGGAGAUGGCAAAAAAGAGGAUUAUUAUUGAGGAUUUUGGAGGCCUGCUGGGAGACCAGAGAAGAACCUCGGAGGAAGACCUGGGCCAGGGACUGUGGAGUUUGAUUCUUUGCUGUCAGAAGAAGUUAGCUCUGAUCUCCGCUUCCAGAUGGCCGACGGCCACAUGGGCCAACACAGAUGUAUCAGUGUGUGAGGUCUGGGGUGGCAUGUAAGGCAGAUCAGCGCUCUGAAUUUCAGAAAGUUCCUUCCACAGGGGGAAAUGAAACUUAAUAAGUAAAUACAUUGAGAUUUCUCUUUCGAUCUCCUCCUUCCCCUACCCGUUUCAGCAUUAUUAAGAUUUCGACCAGAGAGAGGAACUGAAGGACACCGUUCACCUGGGGCUGCUUGCUUUGUGGAUCCCCACCACCACCUGUGUCCUGGACUCACUUGACUGCUCUUUCAUGCAAAGUCUGUUCAACUUUAUAUUAAAAAAAGAGAGAGACAGACAC